UAGUCUGGAGGGGGAAAAGGCGAUAGGAAAUCCGCAGCUUUCUUGCCAUUUUGAGAGAAAACUGUCAUCCUUGCAUAUUGGGAUUUAUGCUGUUUUAACUGAAAAAUAAGAAUCUUGACCUGAUUGUUGUUCUUUCGGGAUUUGUGGAGAACCUUUUCAGCAGGGAAGGCAUCUGUGGCACAGUCUGAUGAUAACGUCAACAACAGAAGCAGGAAGUACUGACUUGAACCUGGAUGCCAAAAAACCACAGCCAUGUGCUCCAUGAACAAUCCAAACUGGGUGACCUUCGAGGAUGAGGGUACUAUAUCUACGACCCCUUCUUUGGCCUCCUUGAAGAUCCCAGGGAGUGGGACAAAGUUGGCCUCAACACCCCUGAAGUCACCAGGGGCAAAGACAGGGUCACUCCCUUCCUAUGCCUCUACAGCCCUGAAGACACCCCCAGGUAGUGUGACAAUGACAGGGUUAAAAACAGUCCCCCGUCUCAAUGGCCUAAAGCUGGUACUCCCCCCAGUGGGAGAUCCAUCCUGGAGCUUCAGCAGUUCCCUUGAAUUCAGCUCCCCUCCAAUGCACUUUAACAUCAAUGGAAGUUCCUGUGUGCCCUGCAACACUCCUCUCUGCACUCCGGUGAGGGAGGCUCCUCCUAGCGGUGCAUUACCUUUCCAUUGCAGGUGCUGGGAUCAGCACGACUUCUUCCGUAGUUUCUCCAGUUCAUCCUCUGCCUCUGCCACCAUACCUUCUUCUUCUUCUCCUCCCCCAGGCCUAGACCAGGCCACCCCCACUGGCACCACCCCACAUCCCCAGAGUGACAUCUCUGUCUCCGAUGGCCCCGGUCCCUUCCCUUCCUUCCAGGGGGACCCGGGACAUUUCAACCAGUUCUGGGAGGGGGCUGGUGGGCAUAGCAUGGACUCUGGGAGCUCCUCUUCUGACUCUGAGUCUGGAGGUUCUAGUCUGCCUCGCUUCUUCAUCAAGCCGAAUGACGGCAACGAGCGUCCUCGACCAGACGACUUCCAGAGCUCCUACUCCUACAUCUGCCACAAACUGGAGGGCCUGCGGGCUGAGGAAGACCAUGAUACAGAGGAAGGAGUAGUGGUGGAUAGAGGGGAGAGGAGAGGAGUGAGAGACAGGGAGGACGUCAGGGAGGGACCAUCGGCAGCCUUCGUCUCUCACAGUCUGUUCCGUAGCGAGAAGAGAGACGGCUGGUCUUUAAUGCUGAGGAUCCCGGAGAAGAAAAACCGAAUGUCGUCCCGACAGUGGGGCCCCAUUUACCUGCGUCUGCUGUCUGGAGGGGUGCUCCAGAUGUACUAUGAGAAAGGACUGGAGAAGCCCUUCAAAGAGUUCCAGCUGCAGCCUCACUGCAGGUUGUCAGAUCUCAAGCUGGAGAGCAACGGAGAGCCUCGCAAGAUCCAGACAGUGAAGGUGGAAUACGUGUCUUACACAGAGAAGAAGCGCUACCACCCUAAGCUGGAGGUGUCCCACGAGGCCGAGGUGGAGCAGCUGCUGAAGUUUGGAACCACGGAACACUGCGACAUGGAGGACCUGUUAGAGACCAUGGAGGAGGAGAUUCUCAGGCUGGCUCCGCCCCUGUCGCAAAAACGGCCCUACGAGGAACAGGAAAUGACACUGCAGAUCACAGACCACCUCUGGGUGCAGCUGGACAAAGAUGGUGUGGUGAUGGACAGGGCAGCCAUGACGAGGAUCUACUGCCUGGCGUUCCUCAACGGACCAGGGGAGUGCUUCCUGGCUCUCAACGACCUGGGGCUCCUCCGCUUCGACGCCAGCUACGGCUCUGGCUCUGAGGAGGACGACCUCCUGGAGGGCUGGAUGGAGAUCAGUGACUGCCACUUCCACAAGUGCAUCAAUGGCUUGGAGUUCCACAGGUCCCGGCUGCUCAAGUUCUCUCCUCCGGACGCCUGUAGAGUAGAGCUGAUGCGCUACAAGACGUUAGCCCUGGGAUGUACAGAGUUACCGUUCUCCGUCAAAGCCGUGGUGACUGUCCAAGGGGCCUACGUGGAACUCCAAGCCUUUCUCAACAUGUCAGCCGCCUUCCCGUCAUUUACCGGAGUGUCGGAGACUGAACCGCUCUGCGAGAAUGUUCUGAUCCGUGUGCCGGUACCGGCGGACUGGGUCAAGGUGUCGCGCACUGUGACGUUGCUACGACGGAAGUCACUGACAGCCAGGAUGAACCGGAACGUGUGUCUGGGGUUGGUCAGUGCUGUGGAGUCACAGCCGGUCAUGCAGGUUACUGUGGGGACAGUCAAGUAUGAGAAUGUGUACUCAGCCAUGGUGUGGAGGAUUGACAGACUGCCUGCUAAGAACAUGGCAGUAGAAACUCCCCAAACCUUCUCCUGUAAGUUAGAGCUCGGUUCGGAUCAGGAGAUCCCCACUGACUGGUAUCCGUUUGUCACGAUGGAGUGUGAGAUGGUGGGGGCCGUGGUCUCACAGACCAGAGUGACGUCACUGGGCACAGACAGUGACGUUCAGCCUCAGAAACAUGUCACCAGUAGGACCCACUAUCAUUGUCAGCCGAAGCUCUACCUGUCCAUCAUAGAUGAUGUGAUUGAGAGCAUGCGGGAGCUGUUUCUGGAUGAAGGACUGGAGGACCGUGUCCUUGAUGACCUGAGGCAGCUCUGGGAGUCAAAGAUUCUGCAAUCCAAAGCAGUGGAUGGAUUGGCCCUCAUGAAGAACACCAUCAGCUCAUCCAACUUUGUGCUGCAGCUCCCUCCAAACUAUGGACAUACUUUUACAAAACCUGCAGGUACCUCUAUGGUGAUCCCUGCAGGUCAACACAUCCAGAGUUUCACAGCUAAGAACAGCGGUGGGACACUGGCCACCUUCUCUCUUCCUCCCGGGAUGACCUACCCAGUCCAGAUCCCUGCAGGGGUCACACUGCAGACGGCCUCUGGCCAGCUUUAUAAGGUCAAUGUCCCAGUGAUGGUGACCCAGGCUCCAGCCAGCCAUCCCCAGCCCCAGCCCCAGCCCCAGCCCCAGCCCCAGCCCAGGCAAGGGGUGCCUGUAGUGGAGUGGAGAGAUCCCAGCUCAGCUUCCCAGCAGUCAGCCACAGUGGUCCCUUCUACUGUCCUGAAGAACAUGGCCCUUCCGAAGACCGAACCGUUCUCCCCACGGCCUGUGGCCCCUCCCAGAGCUGUACCUCAGACCGAACCGUUCUCCCCACGGCCUGUGGCCCCUCCCAGAGCUGUACCUCAGACCGAACCGUUCUCCCCACGGCCUGUGGCCCCUCCCAGAGCUGUACCUCAGACCGAACCGUUCUCCCCACGGCCUGUGGCCCCUCCCAGAGCUGUACCCCAGACCACAGAGCAGAAGAACCUGAUGCCUCCGGUCCAGCCACCUAAUGAGAAGCCUGUGCUUCCUCAACCUGUGGUCCAGCCCACAGUUCAGGAGAAUCAUCUCCUUCAGCAGCCACAGGUUCCUUCAGCUCAGGCAAUCUUUUCUGUGCAGACUCCAGUGUCCUUCCUGUCCCAACCGCCAUCUCACCCCCAAGAGAGCCCCUUCGACAGUGGUGAUUUCACUCUGGAUGGGAUUGAUUUCGACAGUCCACAGCCAGUAGACAUGAGCCUGUCCUCGUCCCUGUCCUGCGGUUCCGCCCACAUGCCAAGCCUUCAGGUCAAGAUGGAGACGACCCUGUCUGAAGGGUCAGAGUUUAUGGGUCAGGGGUCAGAGUUCGAGGCCAGCGAGGUGGGGGUAGAGGAGAUUGUGAAACAGGAGGAUCAUGGAGGAGCGGUGGCUGAUAUGACAACCCACUUGGAGGGUCUACCUGUGGAUGCUACCAAGCUGGAGAUGGCCCUGCUGAAAGACUACAACUACAGCGAUGCUCUGGCAGACAUCAUCCAGCUGGACGGGCCUGCGGACAGCAGCUCUGACGUGGAGGAGGUGGAGGAGUUGGAAGGAGGUGCGAUGGGAGAGAAUGAGUUCCUAGGCAUGAUGACUGCUGAGGCCCUACAGGAGGCAGAGGGCAGCAGUGAUGAUGGCAACUCCAGCUCCAGUGGCGACAGUGUGGGGAUGGAUGAAAUCACAGUGGAAGAGGAUCCUUUAAACUCUGGGGAUGACGUGAGUGAGCAGGACAUUCCUGAUCUCUUUGACACUGACAAUGUGAUAGUGUGUCAGUAUGAUAAGAUUCACCGCAGUAAGAACCGGUGGAAGUUCUAUCUGAAGGAUGGGGUGAUGUGUUACGGAGGAAAGGACUAUGUCUUCUCUAAGGCUGUCGGGGAGGCAGAGUGGUGACUGGGUUUGUUAUGUUCCAAUGUCCAUACUAGAAUAGUUCACUGAGUCAAAGACGAGUUUUAUACAAUACCUCUUGGGAUGCAAUGACAAUACUUUUUAAGUAGCAUGCUAGUGUGAAUAUUGGAACAGAAUCUUGGUCUGUAUUUCACCCAUGCAGAUACAGCCUUGACUUGUAGUCAUAAAUGUGUCCAACGAGGCAAAUAAAACAUGAAUAUAUUGUGAGAAUAAUAUCAUUUGAAGUUAAUGGGGGAAACCACAGUUGUUCACUGAGCUAGAAAAAACAAGUUUGAAUCUAUACAGGCUUCUAAUGUGAAGACAAAUGUCUGGAUGAGAAGUAAUGUUUCCGUCCCACAUAGCAACCUAUUCCCUAUAUAGUGCACUAUUUUUGACCAGCCACCACAGUGCAGUAAGGGCUUUUUGAAUUGUUCAUUUCGUUUAUGUAACUAUUUAUUUAUAUUUUUGUAUUUAUGUUGUUUAAUGCCAUUAAAGGAGCACUGAGCACAAGUAGGUCCAAAUGGAGCUUAGUAAUUUGUAAUGAUGCUCUGUUUGUUUAUGUACCAAAUUCAUUCAUUUUAAGAUGUCCGUAAUGUGACUUUCUGUUCUCAGCAAUGAUAUAAAAUCUAUUUUUUUGGUUUAUUUUGGAGCAAAACAAUGGUCUGAAAUGUAAACUCAAAUAACUAAUUCUGUUUUCACUGCCAAUGAAAUAUAAGCAUUAAAAUGAA